AUGAAGCACAGGAGCAGCCGGACUGCUGGAGGCGGCACGAUCGGCCUACCACUUGAGAUGGGCUGGGGUGCAUCCUGGUUAUUUGCAGACGAGGCGAAUGUCGAGUAUAGAGCUUUCUCCUCUGGGAAGUUUUGCGCCAAUGGUGGCAAAGUGCCCUUCAUCGUGGAGGGACUCUUCGAACCUGAAGAGUGCGUCAUGAGAUGCACCGCUGCCCACAACUGUGCCUUCGCCACGUUGUACAGCAACGGCUGGUGCCAGUUGGGUUCCAAAUGUGCGGCGGAGGCGGAAGCAGGAGAUGCUUCCUCUGUGACCUACGCCAAGGUCCACGUGAAGUCCGCAUGCGUCGACGGCACAUGUGCAGCAGGCGUCAAGCCCUAG